GUUCUCGUACGUGACGGUCCAGGCCAGUCAGCAGCUCGCAGCUUCCUCCUUCAAAACCACUCACCGGUUCCUCUCGUGUCGCUGGCAGCCCAACAUCAUGUUCAGAGCCGCCGUCCGACUCUCUGUCUCCGGUGUCCGGAGCUUAACCCGACCACAGCCAGGGUGUCAAGCUCUUUUGGCCUCGAGGUGUUACUCUCAUGGGAAGCAGGAGACAGAUGAGGAGUUUGACGCCCGCUGGAUCACCUAUUUCAACAAGUCAGACAUUGACGCAUGGGAGCUGAGAAAGGGGAUGAACACAUUGAUUGGUUACGAUCUGGUACCUGAGCCAAAGAUUCUUGAGGCAGCACUGAGAGCCUGUCGGAGGUUAGACGACUUGGCCAGCGCUAUCCGAAUUUUGGAAGCUAUGAAGGAUAAAGCCGGCCCUCAUAAAGACAUCUACCCGUAUGUGAUCCAAGAGCUGAUGCCAACAUUAGAGGAGCUCGGCAUCCCAACACCUGAAGAGCUUGGCAUAGACAAAGUAUAGAUGAGAAGAUCAAUGACGGUGGAUCUCCCCAGAAACCUUGUACUUAACUGUUUGCCUCAUAUGAUUCGUGUGAUAUUUAAUUUGGCCUUUAUUAAGUUCUUAUGCUUGUAAAAUAUUGAUGAACAUAAUAAAGGAAAGUGUAUCCUUAUUGAGCUAUUUGGGGAUAUUUUAAAUAGUUUGAGUACUUCUCUAAGCAAUACACUCUAUUCAUUAUAAGUUGCUUUAAUGGGAAGUAGGACGUAACUUGUUCAUGGUUCAUGUCUUGUUGAACAUGUCUGGACAUUCUUGUGAGAGUCACAUUUUGCCACCAGGGAGCAGCGUUUUCACAUGAAUGUAAAAAUCAUUCUACUGUAUUCAAUCGACAUUACAUCUGUUUUCAUUUCAGGGAAAAAUUACAUGCUUGUAAAAUAAACGUGUUCAAAUGACAAAUGGUGUUAUG